AUGGGUGGGCAAGUGCAAAAAAUUGAUUUCGAGCGCCAGCAAAACGAAAGCCGAAGCGAACAAUUGAGACGUGACUUUUUUGAGCUUUUCACCUUUGGCAUUUCGGUGUCGACGAUCGCCACGCUGACAGCGAUCAUCGCCGUUCCGAUGCUCUACAAUUAUAUGCAGCACGUUCAGUCGAGCCUUCAGAAUGAGGUGGAGUUUUGCAAACAUCGAACCGAUGGAUUGUGGGAUGAGUUCAGUCGAUUCGAGGCGGUCAAAGGCGUCAGCUCGCGAAUCAAACGUGGCGGCGGUUAUGCGGAAGGUGGCGCCGCUGGUGGUGGCGGUGGUGGUGGUGGUGGAAGUUGCUGCUCGUGCGGUAUUGGUGCCGCCGGACCGCCGGGACCGCCGGGCAAGGACGGCGACGAUGGAAAGGACGGCGCUCCCGGAAAUCCGGAAAGCGCUGGAGCGGACGCGGCCGCCGCCGAUCAUCGUCACCACCACCACCAACACCAACACCAAUGGCGGAAUUUUCACACCCGAGCGACCGUCUCGUGCGGCGUCGUCGGCAAAGAGUGCUGCAAGGACGCGCGCACGUGCCCGAACACCGACACCCACACCCUGGACGUCGAUCGCGCCAUUUUCGGCGUCCCGUCGGGUCCGAUUGAAUGCAAGGACGCCGUGCGAAGGGGCUUCGUCAGCGAGGAGCAGAUCCGCGGAUUCUGCACACAAUACGUGCCGUCGGGCAAUUCGCUGACCGUCUCGUCGACGUCGGCGAUCGCCAGCAUUCUUGCCUUUGUCGUCUCAAUGAUCAUGUGCCUUUAA